AUGAGCUCCAGACUCAUCGAAUCACUUCAACACGCGGCGGGAAAGAAUCAAGAACUGCUUGCAAUCCUCUCGCAAACAGACAAUGCCCCCUCAGCUCUCAAGCAAAAUUCGACAUACAUCACAGACCUGCAAAACCAAAUUGCAGCCACAGACAAAGAAAUCAAGCGACUGCACCGCAUCACAGAAGACGAACGCAAAGAUCACAUCAAGUAUGAAGAGAGCACUUUCACGCGCUACAUGUACAAGAUGCGUGGCAAGAAAGGCCAAGCCAAAUUCGCCGAAAAGGCUGGAAAGGAAGAAAAAGAAUUUGUAGAGGCAUGGCAGAAGGAGCGUGAGACCCAGGAAUCGCAUGCUGAGCUUACCAGAGCUUUGGCAGAUGCUCAGCAAGAACAGCAACGUUUGCAAGGCGCAACGGCUAGACACGAUCAAGCUCAAUCCGAGCUCGAUAGGCUUUAUUCUUCUAUCUUUGAUGGCCCUACACCUGAGGUACCUGGCGAAGACCAGCUCGAGUCAAGUCUGCAGAACAAUAAGCAAUGGGCCGACAACUGCACACAACAUCAAAAUCUGCAACGACGAGCUGCUGAGGCAUUACACGCAACAGUGCAACACCUGGAACGUGCAGCAAAAGAUAUGGAUGAUGCUCUUGACAUGUCUCGCUGGGACAUGUGGGGCGGCGGCACAUUCGUAGACAUGAUGGAGAGAGACGCCCUCUCCAGAGCCCAGGUCGGUGUUUCUGAUGAUGUCCUCUUCGACAAUAUCUUCACCGAUAUGGCCCAACACGACCGAAUCAAAAACUCAGCUAUGCAGUUGCACAAAGCUUUGCAGCAGUGCAAAGAGAUACUCGAGAAGCAAAAGCGCACAUAUCAUGAAGCUGCUGCCCAAAGUACACAGGCUACGGAAGCCUUGAACAGUUCUCGCUUUGAGCUGCAGCGGAUCAGAGCAGAGGCAUUUGAGAGAUUUGCUGGCCAGGGUGCUCCUCCACCGUUCCACCAGGCUACUGCGCAGUAUGUUCCUCCUCCAGCAUAUUGA